GUCAGCUUGGGACGUCAUUGAGUAUCGUCGGACGUUGUGCGAAGAAGUGAGCUUACACUCUAGCUUGGUCUGAGAACUCGACUAUUUGAUACUUGCAUUCGUGAGGUCGAUUUUGAAGGCGCAUACAUAACUCCCAUCUACUGCCACCAUGUCUUUGAAUACAUAUCAGAGCCACGUCGACACGCGACCUGGCACUACGCCACCUAAACCAGACGAGCUCUCUGAACUCGAUAAGUUGGCAAAGAAGGUCGGCGGCCCGUUCAAGAAAUUCGCCAGCGUCGUAGGUGCAUCUCUGGCGGCCGUGCCUACUGGGACAGGAGACGGCUCCAAGCUGCAGCCCGAGCCUACCGAUGAGAGCGAGGCAUUGAAGAGAAUUCAAGGCAAUUUGCGAGACUUAUCGCAUUUGGGCAUCACGGAUUACAAGACGCUUCUGGACAUUGGACUAACAAAGGCUACUGGCACACCGCAAGAUGACAAAGACUACAUUAUGGAAGCUCUCAUCCGCACAGCCGCGGACCUGCCGGACGGCUCGAGGUUGAGGGACAGGCUGACCGGAGAAUUCCUAACGCAGCUCUGGAACGAUCUCGAGCACCCUCCUCUUUCGUAUCUUGGAGCACAGUACCAGUACCGUUCUGCAGACGGUUCGUUCAACAGCCUCGUACACCCACAGCUCGGCGCCGCAGGUACGCCGUACGCCAGAACCGUCAAGCCCAGCAUGAUGCAGACGCCGUGCCGUCCAGAUGCCGGCGUCGUCUUCGACAGCGUCAUGACGCGCAAGCAUGCGGAGAGGCACCCCAACGAGAUCUCCAGCGUGUUGUUCUACCUCGCCUCUAUCAUCAUCCACGACUGCUUCCGAACCGACCACAGGGACUACGCCAACUCGCUCACGUCUUCGUAUCUUGAUUUGUCGCCGCUCUACGGAAGCAAUCAGGACGAGCAGAACCUGAUGCGUACAUUUGCUGAUGGCAAGCUUAAGCCCGAUGCUUUCUCCGAGCAGCGACUGCUUUCCUUCCCACCUGGCGUGGCUUGCCUCCUCGUCAUGUUCAACCGCUUCCACAACAAUGUUGUUACGAAUCUUGCCCUCAUUAACGAGGGGAAUCGUUUUCCCAAGCCCGUGGCCCCGGAAGACGCCAAAGACGAGAAAAAAGCAGAGGCUUACAAGGCACAACUGAAGAAGUACGACAACGAUCUCUUCCAAACGGGACGCCUCGUCACAUGCGGGCUCUACGUCAAUAUCAUCCUCAUCGACUACGUCCGCACCAUACUCAAUUUGAACAGAACGGAUAGCAACUGGCAGCUGAACCCGCGAGCAGAUAUUAAAGAUCUACCGAUCGGAGUGGGCAACCAGGUCUCUGCCGAGUUCAACCUGGUAUACCGCUGGCACUCGACGCUGUCCACGCGUGACGAAGCGUGGACACAGGACCUCUGGGACGGCAUGUUCGGCAAGGGGCGCGACCCCAAGACCGUCAGCAACAGAGAGUUUCUCAUGAAGCUCAAUGAGGAGUACCAGAAGUCCGAGAAAGACCCGGGGAAGCGCACAUUCGCGGGUAUCAAGCGCAAUGCAGACGGCAGUCUCCCGGACCAGGCCCUCGUCGAUAUCUUAGUGUCCAGUGUGGAGGACUGCGCGAAUAGUUUUGGGCCUAACCGCGUGCCCGCAGUCAUGCGCGCGAUCGAGGUACUUGGCAUCGAACAGAGCCGCGCGUGGAAUCUGGGGUCGUUGAACGAGUUCAGGAAGUACUUUGGGCUCGAGCCGCAUACCAGCUUCGAGGACAUCACAAGCGACAAGUACGUCGCGGAGCAGCUGAAGCAUCUGUAUGACCACCCGGACAAAGUCGAAAUUUAUCCUGGGAUUGUCGUCGAGGAUGCGAAGAAGGCCAUGGCUCCGGGGUCUGGGUUGACGCCAUCGUACACGGUGUCUAGAGCAGUACUGUCCGAUGCCGUGGCUCUGGUCAGGGGUGACCGUUUCUACACGCGCGACUACAACCCGCGCACUCUGACGAACUGGGGUUACGCGCAGGCUGACUCUGACCUUGCCGUCGACAAUGGCUGUGUAUUUUACAAGCUCUUCCUGACUGCAUUCCCUCAGCACUUUUCAAACAACAGCGUAUACGCACACUACCCCCUUACCGUGCCGUCGGCGAUGAAAGUCGCCCUCGAGGACCCAACCAUCAACAAAGCCAACCUUUACGACUUCUCCAGGCCAGUCUACACACCUAAGCCCCUCCCCAUCUCCUCCUACGCCGCUGCCUCCACCAUCUUGAGAGACCAGGACACGUACAAGGUAACUUGGGGCAAAGCAAUGACGUACCUCAUGGGCGCGCCAGCCCAGGACUUCAUGCUCGCCGGCGAUGGCCCCAAGAACAGUAUCUCUCGCAGCCUGAUGAGUAAAGCUUUGUACGUUGACGGCUGGGAGAAAGAAGUCCGGUCAUACUACGCAUCUAAAACGGUAAGCCUGCUCAAGUCGCGCAGCGCGAAAAUCGCGGAUUUCCACCAGGUCGAUAUCAUCCGCGACAUCGGAAACCUCGCACAUGUACAUUUUGCGAGUGAGCUGUUCCAGCUGCCCCUUAAGACGGUCGACGAUCCGCAUGGCAUCUUCACUGAGGCGGAAAUGUAUCUCCUCAUGAGCGGCGUCUUCGCGCUAAUCUUCUUCGACGCGGAUCCCGUCGCCUCGUUUCCCUUGCACCUCAAGUCCAAGAACGCGGUCAAAGUGCUCGGCGAGUUCGUCGAGAAGAACGUCGAGUUCGUAGCGAAGUUCGGCAAGCUGUCUGAGCUCGCGCACAAGGUGUGGCCAAGAGAGACGAAGCUGAAGAGUUAUGGUUUGCAUUUUAUACAGAGGCUCCUGGAAAGCGGAAUGGAGCCCAAGCAGCUUGUGUGGGGCCAGAUGCUGGGUACUGCGGGGGGCAUGGUAAGCAAUCAGGGGUCACUCUUCGCGCAAAUCAUCGAGUACUUUCUCCUUGGCGACGGGAAGAAACACUGGCCCGAAGUCCAAGCCCUUGCGGCGAAGGAGGACGAUGCAAGUUUCGAAAAGCUUUCAAAGUACGUGCUCGAAGCUGGCCGUAUCGCAGGUGAAACCGCCGUCCUGCGCGAGGCCGCCAAGGACGCUUCGCUCACGGACGGCGAGAUGACGGUAAGCGUGAAGAAGGGCGAUAGACUCUUUGUCAACCUGCAUGCUGCGUCCCUCGACCCCGCCAAGUUCCCCAACCCCCAGACGCUUGAUACCUCGCACACGGCAGAAUCCUACAUCCACCUUGGCGCGGGACCGCACGCGUGUCUGGGUGCGCCACUGGCGAAGGUAGCGCUCACGGCUAUGCUGAAGGAGGUAGCGAAGUUAAAGGGCCUAAGGCCUGCGGCGGGGGCGCAGGGGAAAGUGCAUAGUGUCAAGAAAACUGUUGGAGAGGGAGAGGUCUUCCAUGGGUAUCUGACGGAGGUGUGGGAUGGCUACUGGCCGUUUCCUUGUGCACUGAAGGUCAACUGGGAUGAGUGAGGCGAAUUAUUGCGGGAAGUGUGAGGAACAGUGCAGUAGGUGAGACGUUAGGAGCUUAGAAAGAGAUAUGGCACGUAGAGACAACGGAUUCGUUUCGUUGGUGUUGUUUUUCCGUAUGAGCCAAGUAGCUGAUUCACACAAUGGCACCCCAGUGGUUAAAAUUGGUGAAAGUCUAGUGUGGUUGAACAAGCUUCCAAUGCAUGACAGGCUGGUAGCUACGCUUCCCAAUGGCUUACUACUCUGUUGCUCGAGCGUGAGAGUCAGC